CUGGAACGUUGUCCCGUAGCCCUCUGGAAUCCCUACUUCUCCUCUCCCCUCCCCAACCACCAUAUGCCCCCUCCGAGUUUUAUACGUCCUCUCACUCCUCCUCCACUCCAAACCAGGGUUUGCUUCGCCUCAUCCCAUGGCUCCCUUCUUCUUCCUCCUCCUCCUCUGCUUCGUUCCUCGGAUUGCUUCUUCCUCUCCGCUCGAACACUCCCACCUUGCUCGCGUUAUCGAGAUUCAGGAGCGAGAGCGGGUGUCUCCAUCGGUUCAAAUAGCAACGGUCCGUAGCCUUCUUGGGCGUCUUCUUCCGUCCCAUCAGGCCAGCUUCGAGUUUGAGAUCAUCCCCAAGGCAAAGUGCGGUGGAAAAGCAUGCUUCAUUAUCAACAACCAUCCUUCCUCUGGUAUUAAAGGAUCUUCAGAAAUACUAAUACAUGGGGUAAGCGGUGUGGAACUUUCAGCUGGUCUACACUGGUAUUUGAAGUACUGGUGCCUCGCUCAUAUAUCUUGGGAGAAAUCUGGUGGUGUACAAUUAUCUUCGGUGCCAAAACCAGGGGCCCUUCCCCAUGUUUCUUCUACUGGAGUUUUGGUUCAAAGGCCCAUUCCAUGGAGUUACUACCAGAAUGCUGUUUCAUCCAGUUAUUCAUUUGCAUGGUGGGAAUGGGAAAGGUGGGAAAAGGAAAUUGACUGGAUGGCUCUCCAAGGAAUCAAUUUGCCUCUUGCUUUCAAUGGACAGGAGGCUAUCUGGCAGAAAGUCUUUCAGAGGUUUAAUAUAAGUGGUUCAGAGUUGGAUGAUUUUUUUGGGGGACCCGCUUUUCUUGCAUGGUCACGUAUGGGAAACUUGCAUGGAUGGGGUGGACCACUUCCUCAGAGUUGGAUUGAUGAUCAACUUGUUCUUCAGAAGAAAAUUCUAGCUAGGAUGUAUGACUUUGGAAUGUCUCCAGUUCUUCCUGCAUUUUCUGGGAAUGUUCCUUUGGCUUUAAGAUCCAAAUUUCCUUCAGCUAAAAUAAACCGCCUUGGGAAUUGGUUUUCUAUUGACAGUGAUCCAAGGUGGUGUUGUACAUAUCUAUUGGAUGCAACUGAUAACUUGUUCAUAGAAAUUGGGAAAGCAUUUAUAGAGCAACAGUUCAAAGAGUACGGUAGGACUAGUCACAUAUACAAUUGUGAUACUUUUGAUGAGAACACUCCACCUGUGGAUGACCCAAAGUACAUAUCUUCAUUAGGUGCUGCAAUUUAUAGGGGAAUGCAAAGUGGUGAUGAUAAUGCUAUAUGGCUAAUGCAAGGGUGGUUAUUUUCAUAUGAUCCAUUUUGGAAGCCACCACAAAUGAAGGCACUCUUGCAUUCUGUUCCUAUUGGCCGAAUGGUGGUUCUUGAUUUAUAUGCUGAAGUAAAGCCCAUAUGGAUCACUUCUGACCAAUUUUAUGGUGUUCCAUACAUCUGGUGCAUGCUACACAAUUUUGCUGGAAACAUUGAGAUGUAUGGGCUUAUAGAUGCAGUUGCAUCUGGACCUAUUGAAGCUCGUAAAAGUGAAAAUUCAACCAUGGUUGGCACUGGAAUGUGUAUGGAGGGCAUUGAACAAAAUCCUAUUGUUUAUGAUCUUAUGUCUGAAAUGGCAUUUCAUCAUGAGCCAAUAGAUGUAGAGAUGUGGAUAGAUCUAUACCCAACACGGAGAUAUGGAAGGCCUAUUUCUGCACUGCAAGUUGCAUGGAAAAUACUAUAUCAUACGAUCUAUAACUGCACUGAUGGUGUUAACGACAAAAAUCGAGAUGUAAUUGUAGCAUUUCCAGAUGUUGAUCCAUCCAUCAUUAUGAUACCAGAAGUAUCUAAAGCUGCAAAGCAUCAGUAUAUCGAUAGACGAUUAUCAGAAAGAGGACAUAUGAAGGAAAUAUCUGAUUCUUAUGACCAGCCACAUCUAUGGUAUUCGACUAUUGAUGUCAUAUAUGCAUUAAAACUUUUCCUAGACAAUGGUGAUGAAGCAUCAGAUAUCCAGACUUUCAGGUAUGAUCUUGUGGAUCUCACACGGCAGGCAUUAGCAAAAUAUGCAAACCAGGUUUUCUUAAAAGUCAUAGAAGGCUAUCAACAUAAUGAUAUCAAGCAAGUCACUUUCUACAGUCAGCACUUUCUUGAUCUUGUCAAGGACUUGGACAUCCUUUUGGCCUCCCAUGAUGGAUUUCUGCUUGGGCCCUGUUUAGAAAGUGCCAAGCGCCUUGCUGAAGAUUCAGAGCAAGAGAAGCAGUUUGAAUGGAAUGCAAGAACUCAAAUAACCAUGUGGUUUGACAAUACAGAGACUGAAGCUAGUUUGCUUCGUGACUAUGGAAACAAAUACUGGAGUGGUCUACUGCAAGACUAUUAUGGACCACGGGCGGCAAUAUACUUCAAAUACUUGUUAGCUAGCAUGGUGAAAGGGGAGAGUUUUCCAUUGGAGCAUUGGAGGAGGGAGUGGAUUAGUCUAACCAAUAAAUGGCAACGUAGUAGAAAGUUGUUCUCAGUGAAAGCUUCUGGCGAUGCUCUGAAUAUCUCUCGAUGGCUGUUUGACAAGUACUUGCGAAAUGCUAACUUGCAAAUGGUAUACGAUUUAUGGGGCUACGAUGCUGUAAAAUCUGCAAGCAUGUGAGUCUGUGAGCAUCUAUCAUCUAUGUUGGGAACAAUCUCAUGUUGCUUCAUCGAAUCUGUAUGCUUCUGAGGCCAUGCACACUAGCUUCAUGAAUCCUCAUGCUACUUUGCUAAGUCUAUCUCAUACGUGGAGGUAGGUGGUUAGAAGAAUGAGUUCUUUAGUAUAUGCAGUCAUCUUGUGAAACUACUGCUAGGGUUAUUCUUGCACGCAAUUUCUUCUCGAGAUAAACUCUCGAGUGUGUGGAUGUUUGCCAAAACGCGGUUAACCCGGAUAAACUUAAUUUCUUUCGUUUUCUCGUGAUCAAUAAUGUACUUCCACAGGAUUUGAGACACCAUUUAUUUUUGCAAA